CGUACUCGGCUCAUUUCAUUAAAUUUGUUGUCCUAUCAAUCUGUGUGGUGUGGUCCACUGAAUCACUUUAAUGUUGAAAAUCUCCAUUUUCACUAUUUUCAGUUCUGACUUAAUUGACCCCUAAUAAAAGAAUUCAUAACUGUAAGAUAAACUUAUUGUUUACCUACAUCAAAACAAAUCUAUCCUUGGAGUUUCGUGUGUAGUGUGUAUCAUCAUGGAAACUAUUAAGGCGAAUGCCGCGUUCCUGUGUAACUUUGAGGUGAUGCAAAUACUGCAGCAGCUGAAGGAUAGCACCCAGAAGAAGCACAAAAGAGAGGGCUCACUGGCUACUGUCACAUAUGAGACAGUUCACUACCUACAAGACACAGACUGCAAGAACCAGAGCGCGCAGGCCAUACAGAAGUUCCUGGAAGCCAUGAAGAAGUUCAAGCUCACGAAGGUGGAGAAGCUCAUGAUGGCCAACAGCCCGCCCAGGACUGAACUGGAAAUACAAUUGAUAGUCCAAGAAAGUGAAGAGCGCUUAUCAGAGGACGAAGUGCGUGAAAUCAUUGACAUCGUGAACGAAUGCCUGCCGGCCGCCGAGCCCUCCUGACCCGCUGGUGUAGGGCUACAACUAACUACUUGACUACUUAGGUUAGUAUCAGAUCUCAACUGGUCUAUGGAAUCAAGAAAUCGGAGAAAGCAAUUGGUUACGGUAAACUGGGCUUACCUUAUUUUGAAUCGCGGGGAAACAUUGACCAUCGAUUUUUUGACUGUAGGAUUGGUAGCUGAACGUUUUCUUAAUGUAUUUCUGUUAAGGCCAACCAGUUACAAGAUUAACCAGUGAUAUAGGUUGACUAGCAUAAGCAUAAUUGUAAAUAAAACAUUGUGACA